GAUGGAAAAAAAUCUUUUCUAAGAAUAAUAUUUAAGUUAGUGUUGGGCUGGUUUGCCAAAGUAGUUUAGACAUAACCGUUCAAUUUAGAAGUUGGUUAAGCACUGAUUUGGAACUAACUGCGGCAUUGAAUACUAGCGUAAUGAGAGUUUUCACCUGCGUUGUGGUGAUUCUAGUCGCCAUGGCUGCCUGCACCCAUGGCCAUUCUAUACAGAAGCGUUCUUUGCAAAGCUUGAUUCAGACUAAACUCUCAUUGUUGAGCAGUUUGGGUGGAUCCUUUGGCGGCGGUGGUGGUGGAGGAGGUUAUGGUGGCGGUAGCAGCUACGCCAGUAGCGGUGGAUACGGUUACGGUGGUGGCGGCCACGGAGGCGGUGGAUACGGUGGUGGUGGCCACGGAGGUGGUGGCGGCGGCUACGGCGGAGGUGGUGCCACUAAGGUUAUUGUCGUCUUGGCAAAUGCUGGUGGUGGUGGCGGCGGCUAUGGCGGCGGCCAUGGAGGUGGUUAUGGUGGUGGCGGCGGCUAUGGCGGAGGUGGUUAUGGCGGCGGUGGCUAUGGCGGCGGCGGUGGUUGGAAAGGCGGCUGGUUUGUGGAUUCAACGCCGUUAGUUUUACCCUUCACCAUGAAACCUUUCACCUGUCUUUUGGUGAUUCUUGCCCUUUUGGCCAGCGGCCAAUGCCAUAACGUACAAAAACGUUCCCUCGGCCAAUUGCAGAGUUUGAUUAGCUCCAAACUUGGUCUGCUCGGUGGAUUAGGAGGCGGCGUUGGGCGUUCUGCUGCUUCAUCAUCGGCUAGUGCCAGUGCUGGCGGCUAUGGCGGUGGCCAUGGAGGUUAUGGCGGUGGCGGUUAUGGUGGUGGCCAUGGAGGUUACGGUGGUGGCGGUUAUGGUGGUGGUCAUGGAGGCUACGGCGGUGGUGGUUAUGGUGGCGGUUCAUCCGGUGGCGCUGCCAAAGUCAUUGUUGUUCAUGUCCAAAGUGCUGGUGGUGCCGGAGGUUAUGGUGGUGGUUAUGGUGGCGGAGCUGGCGGCUGGAGCCAAGGUGGUUCAGGCGGUUAUGGUGGUGGUUAUGGUGGCGGAGCUGGCGGCUGGAGCCAAGGUGGUUCCGGCGGUUAUGGCGGUGGUGCCGAAGCUGGUGGCUGGAGCCAAGGUGGUUCCGGUGGCUGGUAAAAACCAAAAGCCCAACAUCAUUUUUAGCGAAAAAUAGAGAAUCAUAACAAACCACAAACUAGCUUAAGUCAUUAGUUUAAGCAAACCUUUA